CGCCUCCUUCCCCUCCCUCCCACAGGUACUCUCAAUCUUCCAACAACGGGGCAUCCACAUCUACAACUGUGACGUGCUAACACAAACAUUUUGACAAGUCCUGAGAUCACAGCCAGGGGACAAAACCCAAAUCAAACCGUCCACAAUGAGCUUCUAACCAUCAACAAAGGCCAUGAUGUGUGCGCGGGGUGAAAGAAAUGUGCUGAAUCAUCACAUCAGCUUCCCGGCCCUUUGUCAAAUCAAGCAUCCAUGUCAUCUCCGUGAAAUGGAGGAACAAAAUUUUGUCGACCUUUGAACUUGAAACAAUGAAGGUCAAUGGAGAUCUGUCCGUGGUUCAUCUCACUCUGUUCCCCACUUAAACCUUCGACAAUGACUGAGUAAUCUGUUAUGACACCUCUGUCUCUUAGCGGAAGUAGGCACAGGGUACCAGGGCUUUGGUGACCAGUUGGAAAGUCGAAUGACAAUGACAGGAAAACAGAUGUGAUGUCAAAUGACGCCUCUCAGAGAAAGUAGGCACAUGAUACCAGCGUUCUGACAAGCAGUUGGAAAGUCAAAACUUUGACAAUGUCUGGUUUGUAUAAAAUGUAUAAUGGUGUCUCUCAUUGGAAGUAGGCAGAGGAUACCGGAGUUUUGACAAGCAAGUGGAAAGUCAAAUCUGUGACAAUGGCUGGAUAACAUACAUGUAUAUUGACUCCUCUCAGAGAAAAUAGGCACAUUAUAUCAGCGUAUGGACAAGCACUUGGAAGGUCCGUCAAAGUAAUUGUAAGUGUUUUACGCACUUGAACUGUCCCCUUUCAAAAAUCUCCUAUGUUCUAGUGACCAAAGCGGGCUUUCCAAAAAAACCAAAAACGUGAGGAUUACCACAGGGCAAAAACGAAAUCUCCAACGUCUGGGUAUCACACUGCAAUGGUGGUAGGUCGACGCUUUUUUCUGCGCCACUGCAGAACGAAACUAGUGUCAGUGGUCGCCCUGAUUUUGGCAGUGUCUUCACUCAGUCUCGUCAUGGUCACCCAAUCUGGCAGCCACACUGUCGCCAUCACGCACAGAAGGACUCACCUCAGUCUCCUUGGGAAGAACUCCGAAGGAGAAAAUCCCAGAGAUGGAGGCGAUGGGGAAGAGGAGAAUAUUCUGGAUCAACAAACGGAUGGGGGUUCAGAUCUGACAUUGGAGUAUCGAGCCUUUGGAACAGAGGUAAAGAUCGCCAAAGAAUCCAGGAAAGAGCAGAUUUCUUCUAAAAGGGAGAGCAAGGAAAUAUUGAACGAUGAUUCCUCGUCAUUUCUUGAUGUUCUGACGACUGGAGGCGGUAAACUACCCGACAAGUUGAUGGACGCAAGAAGCAGUCACCGCCGCCUUCAUUUACCGCCUGUGAGGAGCACAGAGCAUCACAAUAGGGAGAUUUAUGUCGAAGGAGAUAAUUCCAUAAAACAAAAGGCGAGUCCUAGACAAGAUGGCAGGAUAGAUAGAAUGACCCAGUACGAAGAAUUCCGCCUACCUCAGUAUUAUCAUCUCCAACACGAGAUUAUUUCAUCGUCCUUAUCUCAACCAUUCCAUUCCCGUCCACUAGGCAGUAGAGAAGAUAGAUAUAAAAGCGUACAAAGUAUAGACAGUCCUUCCCCUAAGUCAGCGGGAUUUCCCGAAGCAGUCCUAAAAAUAGUGCGAGAGCCUUCCAAUAAAAACGACGAUAUUCCGUCUCAGGAACCUUCUAGUCUGCAAAACCCGACCCUACAUCGGCCCCAGUUACAACGGACGGAUGCACAUCUAGUCAAAACAAAACAACCACAAUCACCUCGUCUGGAAAUCAGAGAGCAAGGCAGGUUAGAUAACUCGUAUUAUUAUUUGCCCAAAAGUGUUCCAAAGACAAUACCCUUGUUCACAAACGUAAAAGAACGUUCAAAUAACGGAGAGGGUGAAGGAAGUCUAGAUAAGCGACCCACACGGGAAUCUGUUAUGAACUUUCGAUCUAAGUCACUUUCCCCUUCACACAUUGGCCGAGACAUUGGCGUAGGUGAUAGUGUCCCAAAGGUUCCAAAAGAAGACCCCGGGAUCGGUUCUCCUCACACCGAGCAGAGCAGACGACACGAGAAUGCGUCAAAGAUGCCGGGUUGGCUGUCUGCGAGUCAGGUUGUUGUUGAUGGGAUCUAUUGGUCAGAGGAGGUGAAGAGGAGCAUACCCAAGGGGGUAUCAGUAGAGGUGGCAGACAGGUGGAUCAACAAGACCAGGCGUCUGGGGUUCCAAUCUCUGACUCCCCCCGACUGGAACAAGUGCGGCCGUCCACAGAACGGGUUUGUUACACUGGAGGAUGGCACAGAGAUGUGUGCGAGAUAUAGGCACCCACAUGAUCAUCUCGUCAUGGGUGAAGUCCUCUCUUAUUGGCUGUCUCGACUCCUGUCCCUGGACUGUGUGCCUCCUGUCUCGCUCUCUUUGGUCAGCUCAGCUCAGUGGGCGGAGCUAAACAAGAGCAAGACAGAUCUAGGCUGGGAACCUGAGCAAUAUGUGGCACUCAUCAUGUGGAUAAAGGACAUGAACUCUUCCUUCCGGUCCAAAGUCCUCAUGCCUCAAGCAAUCCUCCACGCGUACAAGACGGGUGUCCCAGUGAGUGAGCAAAUAUUUCUUCAAGCAGCCACCGUUAGGACAGCGCAAACGAACCAGAGCAGUGACCACAAUGACGUCACUAACAGUGGUGGGCCAGAAUGGACAGUGGACGAACUGGUUGCUGUGGCCCAGUGGAGCAGCAUGAUCGUGUUCGACUACCUCACGGCAAACUACGACAGAGUUGCCAGCAUGCAAGAUGGCGCCGAGGAACAAAGGAAACCGGAAGUGAUCGAGGAAUCUAUCCGAAACUUGCGGCGGUCACGCGACUCCGCGAAGCUGUGGCUCAUCGACAACGAGAGCGGCUUCCUGGACGCCUACGACCUGAUGUACACCAGCCCGCACAACGGUCACAGGUUUUUCCGCUUCCACGACCAGAUGUUGAAAACCGUCUGCGUCUUCCAGAGGAGCUUGGUCGACGCUCUCAGGGAUUUACACGCCGCGGAAUCGCCGAGGAAAAAGUUGGAGGAGUUUGCGACCAAGUCCGAUCCUUUUCUGCGAAGAAUUCCGAAAAGUAGUGUGUAUAGGACAUUUGAGGAGCAUUUUGAUGAGAGGUUGAAUGCGGUGAUUGAUUGGGUUGAUCAAUGUGAGAGACGUGGGGGAAAAGAUGGAGGUGUUCAUGUGGAGAUUUGAUCCUUUUCUUGAAAAGAUUCGGGGAAGUAAUAUUUAUACAAUGUAUAAUUGUUUAAUUUUUAAAGGAUCAUUUUGAUGAGAGGUUGAGUGCGGUGAUUGAAUGGGUUGAUCCAUGUAAGAGAGGUGGCGAAACGGUUGGAGGCAUUCACCUCGAAAUUUGAUCCGUUUCUGCAAAGAAUUCCGAGAAGUAAUAUUUAUACAAUGUAUAGUUUAUUUGAAGAUCAUUUUCAUGAAAGGUUAUUGCCGUGAUUGAUUGGGUGAGAUUUGAUUCUGUUCUGCAUCAAAUUCCGAGAAGUAAUCUUUAUACAAUGGAUAAUUGCUGUUGUUGUUUUUUUAGGGUCAUUUUGAUGAGAGGUUGAAUGCGAUGAUAAACUGAGUUGAUCAAUGUAAGAGACGUGGCGAAUAAGUUGGAGGCUCUCGCGUCGAGAUUUGAUCUUUCUCUAAGUUGAACUCCGAGAAGUUUUACCAGGCCGAAGGGCUAGAACACAAAUGGCCGCUGGAUCGGAAAAGUAAAGAGAAGUAACAUUUAUACAAUGUAUAGAUUACUUCAGGAGUCUUUUGAUGUGAGAUUAAAUGCUGUGAAAUACUGGGUUGAUCAAUGUAAGCUACGUGGACAAAAAGUUGGUGGCAUUUGCGCCCAGACAGGUUUAUUUUCUAAAGAGAAUUUCAAAAUGUAGUACAUGACGGAUUAAUUUUUCAAUUAUCUAAUUUGAGAACGAUUUGAUAAGAGGUUGAAUGAAUGCAGUGAUAGAGUUUGUUUGUUUCCUUGUUGGUUUGUUUGA